AUGGCAGUGGAGAUGAGUCGGGCUGCCGAUGUCGACCUCUUUCAGGCUCGAGCCGCCUUACAGCACCAACAGAGUCCGGAGGUUUCGGUACCACGGGAAUUCAUUUCGCAGAUCGUGGAGGAGCUGAUUCAAUGUCGUGAGGCUCACUCAUCUAUCGCCGAGAUCGAGCGCGAAUGCUCCCAUCUUCGUAAAGAACUACGAAAACACACUCACAUCAAUGAGGCAUUUCAGAAGGAGCUAAGAGAGAUCGGGGAGAUCAUCACCCAAGUCGCUCAUGGCGAUCUAUCCCAAAGAGCACGAAUGCACCCCCUGGAGAUUUCACCCGACAUCGCAACUUUCAAGCAGACUAUCAAUACAAUGAUGGAUCAGUUGCAGGUGUUUAGUCAAGAAGUCUCCAAAGUGGCUCGCGAGGUCGGCACGGAAGGAGUGUUGGGAGGCCAAGCCAAGAUCGAGGGCAUCCAGGGUAUCUGGGAAGAAUUGACAGUCAACGUGAACGCCAUGGCGAACAAUCUUACGACUCAAGUCCGUGAUAUUACGACUGUGACCACCGCCGUGGCAAAGGGUGAUCUUACUAGCAAAGUGCAAGCAGACUGCAAGGGAGAGAUCUUGUUGUUGAAGAAUAUUAUCAACAAUAUGGUGGACCAAUUGCGAGAGUUUGCCUUCGAGGUCAGCCGUGUGGCUCGAGAAGUUGGAUCGGACGGUACCCUUGGUGGCCAGGCGGUUGUUCAUGGUGUGGAGGGAACGUGGAAGAACCUGACCGAUAACGUGAACCGUAUGGCCUCGAAUCUGACACAACAAGUCCGCGAAAUUGCCAAAGUAACAACUGCUGUGGCGCGUGGAGACUUGACAAUGAAAGUGACUGCGGAUGUGAAGGGAGAAAUCUUGGAUCUGAAGCUUACGAUUAACGCAAUGGUCGACCGGCUCAAUCAAUUCGCAUUCGAAGUCAGCCGAGUAGCCCGCGAGGUCGGAACCGAUGGUACACUGGGUGGUCAAGCACAGGUUGAGAAUGUCGAGGGACAGUGGCGGAAUCUUACCGACAAUGUCAACACGAUGGCCCAGAACCUAACGAUGCAAGUCCGGCAAAUUUCCAACGUUACUCAGGCGAUCGCUCGUGGCGAUCUGAGCACCAAAAUCGAAGUCCAUGCCCAAGGCGAGAUCCUCACCCUCAAAGAAACAAUCAACAGUAUGGUGGAUGGGUUGGGACAAUUUGCACGAGAGCUAAAAGGGGUAGCGAGGGAUGUGGGAGUGCGUGGUCAGCUUGGUGGACAGGCAAAUGUGGAGGGCUCACAUGGUAUUUGGAGGUCGAUCAGUGAAGAUGUCAAUACGAUGGCAGACAACCUCACGUCGCAGGUUCGCGCGUUUGGAGAAAUUACAGAAGCGGCCAUGAGUGGUGACUUCACGUCCCUGAUCACCGUGUCGGCAUCAGGUGAAAUGGAUGAUCUAAAGCAGAAGAUCAAUAAGAUGAUCUCAAGUUUACGAGAUAGUAUCCAGCGCAAUACGGCUGCCCGUGAAGCUGCUGAGUUGGCGAAUCGCAGUAAAUCAGAGUUUCUUGCAAACACAAGUCACGAAAUCCGUACUCCGAUGAAUGGUAUCAUCGGGUUGACCAGCUUAGCACUCGAUACAGACGACCUACCAGCGACUAUUCGUGAAACCCUAAGCAUGGUUCAUAGCCUUGCCAUUAGCCUCUUGACCAUCAUUGACGACAUUCUUGAUAUCUCCAAGAUCGAGGCGAAUCAUAUGAAAAUCGAAAAGACUGCAUUCAGUCUGAGCACUACCGUAUGGCGCGUCCUGAAAGCAUUCGACGUGCAAACUGUCGAGAAAGCAUUGAGCUUAAUAUACUCUGUUGAUGGAAAUGUACCCGAUUACCUGAUUGGCGAUGCUUAUCGUAUUCGACAAGUCAUGAUUAAUUUGGUGGGCAACGCAGUGAAGUUCACUGAUCACGGCGAAAUCCACGUCUUGGUCAAACGCAUCCAGGACAUCACCUGUGCUCCAGAUGAAACCACCUUUGAGUUCUCAGUCUCAGAUUCUGGAAUCGGGAUCGAACAAAGCAAACUUGGUCUCAUAUUCGACAAUUUCCAACAGGCGGAUGGCUCCAUGACACGUCGUUUUGGAGGCACAGGUCUGGGACUUGCCAUCUCCAAGAGGCUCAUUUCUCUCAUGGGUGGUGAUAUUUGGGUCAAAUCAAACCUAGGGAAGGGCAGUACCUUUGGUUUCACCUGCAAGUUGAAAGUCAGUGAGCCUCCGGUCGCCCUCGCCGAGCAGCUCAUUUCUCAUAGAGGCCGCCGGUUCCUCGUGAUCAGCGAUCAGAAGGAAACUGGAACCCUAGCGGUCCGCAUGUUGCAUGAACUUGGGCUUCAGUCAGUAGUAAUGACGCAAAAGCAGCUUGCCUCAGGUCGAUGCAACGGCGAGGAAAGCUCUUUCAGUGCAAUCAUUGCCUCGACAAUGGAGGAGGUUCUCACAUUGCGCACUUGUGACCAUUUCUCCACCGUCCCUGUCGUGAUCAUGGCCACGGACCUAUCCCUGACAAUCAAAACCACUAGUUCUUUGGGAAUAACAGCCUAUAUUACUACACCUUGCCGUCCGAUCGACCUUUGGAAUGCGAUUAUUCUGUCCCUUGGAGAUCGCACAAAUCACGCACAACCUGGACACAGUCGUCCUCUUUCCAUCCUGCUUGCGGAAGAUAACGACGUCAAUGUCAAGGUGGCUGUCCGCAUCCUUGAAAAAGCCAAACACCAUGUCACCGUUGUUGGGAAUGGGUUGCAAGCUGUGCAAGAGGUUCAAUGUCGACGAUAUGAUGUGGUCCUCAUGGAUAUUCAGAUGCCUGUGAUGGGUGGGUUUGAGGCAACAGCUACAAUCAGACAAUAUGAGAAGGCCCAGAGUCUACCUCGUACACCCAUUGUUGCGCUUACUGCACAUGCCAUGCUGGGAGACCGCGAAAAGUGCCUUGAAUCUGGCAUGGAUGAUUAUGUGUCAAAGCCCUUACAACCUAGUCAAAUGAUGGAGACUAUUUUGAAAUAUUCUGCAAUGAAUAUCUCAUCAACAAUAGUAUCUACGAAUGGGAAGGCUUGA